CGCGGACUAACCCCACUCAUCCUACGUUAGUACCAUGCCAUCUGAUACAUCUUUCCUAGCGUACGGUUGCUCAGAGUGGCGAAAGAGCAGCCAAAUCGCAUCUAAUCUAUACGAGGACGGUGUUAAGUUAUGGUCAAAGGACAAUCUUCAACAUAUCGAACAGCAACUUCUACAAUCUAUGGACCUUGAAUACUUUACUGUUCGCUUGAUUGACGGCACGGAAGCUUGCAUAAAGAAUCCCAUGUUUGCGGAAAGACGCCCAAUCUGGCGGCCCCGCGUCACAUACCGAGAGUACUGGCGACUAGUAACAUCGCAGCCUGAUGGCCCUUCUGAGACAUACCGCUGCUCAUAUCUGGUCCACUGGGAGAACGUUUGCGCGAAACGAUUUCAAGGCAUAAUUGAGAACGCCGACACCGUUUUCGAAGAGAAUAGGCACACCUGGAGUCAGAGUGCCAGCUGCCGCUUACUGCGGUCUCGGCUUGAGGAGGUGUUCAGCGUGAGAAAGGUAGCCAAGAUCAUUUGCUUUGGACUGGGCGACAUGUGUCGUGGACCUCCAGAGUGGUAUAGGCGGCAAACGGGCUCGAGUGGGCAGGAGCUGGAAGCCGAAUUCAUCCGUCCUAGCACGAUCCAGCAUUCGGUCGCCUUGACCAUGGCGGACAUGUGCAGUGCGAACAACAUCCAACUACUAGCUCAGGAUCCUGGCUACACGGAAGAAGCAAAGGAGAUGCUGAAAGGGAAAGGCUUCUCGAUUGUCGGGCCUUUCGGGGCGGGAGGCUUUGCUGAGAUCGAAGACGACUCUGUAAUAUUUUCGGCCUUUGUAGAAGCGCCUCUGAAACAGAUUAUCGCCGACCUUGCACGCCCCGCUCUUAUUAUCACUACCGACCGUACCACUUUUAACGAUGCUGGGAAACCGUGGGCCGACCCAGAAUCUCCUCGCACGAAAAAGAUGUGGGAUGAGUAUGAAAGAUGUGAUUUUCCAGUCUCGCCUGAAGACGCAGAGCUACUAAAAAGCGUACGAAAUCUAUACAUGUACGUAAGAAAGGUAUCCCAAGUCACAAGCGAAUGAAUUGGGCACGGCACGGAGAAUUAGCGCUAGAAGGAAAGAGUACACCAAUCACGAAUAGGAAAGAUGUGUGCUUGCUACUUGUUGGAUACAAAUGCUGGUAAAGACUGUAUAUAGGGAAAGUCCAACCUUCCUCUCCCUGUCCGCUCCUAACCACAUUCCUUCUCUUAGCCUUCUUGCCUUGAACCCGAUGAUCAGC